CAAAAUAGAGAAAGUAAAGAGAUAAAGUCAACUUGUGCGACCAUGAAAGUACAGAGAAACGACAUAAUACGAGUUUAAAAAAAUAAUUUUUAGAUUACUGAGAUUUAUUUUUAAAAAAUCAAUUUCAAAAGUGAUAAUUCCCCUGAUCCCCCUUCAUCCCUAUUUUUGGGCUGAAUGGGUGGGAAACGACAGAGGGAAGUCCCCAGCUACGUCAUAACCAUCAGCUUCUGUCAAAUUUCUGAUGCAAUCGAAUUUCGACUAAAGUUUGAGAUGAGAAGAUUCAACAAAAUGAUAAGAGUGAGAAAUUAACAGUGAUGUUUAAUUUCUUCACGUUGGCAAUGAAAGGAGAUGCUGGCGUGGGGACUGACUAUGGUUUCACUCAGGGCAUUCACCAAUGCGCCUCCAGAGUCAACACAUCCAACUCUCUAUGAAUUACUCCGAUUUCUUGACAAUCGGGUCGUUAAAAAGUGAUAAUCGACUGGUGCAAAAAAAAAAACCCAUCGUCUCUUUGUUCGUGAAUAAUAGCAGUGUACGAAGUACGUGACCUGUACCUUCAGCCCAGACUGAAUAAGACGUAGACAGCGAUUGUACAUCGAUUGAACGUCAUUCUCGAUAAUUCGAUGAAUCAUCCUGGGGAGAUUGGAAAGGAGGCCUAAUGGAAUUGAUAAGUUUGGCUGGCACAAGUUCCUUUUUUGGAUGGGGUAUCAUUCCACUACUUGCGGUUGGACUUACUUUUUAUCAGUAUAAUAAUGCGGAUCCUGAAUCGCAUCCCAGAAAUGCUGAAGAGCUUCUGCGAAUGUACGACUUCAUCGUUGUAGGCGGUGGAAGUGCAGGAGCUGUGAUAGCAUCUCGAUUAUCUGAGAUAUCAAACUGGACAGUCCUACUCCUGGAGGCCGGAGGGGAUGAGAAUGAGAUAUCCGAUGUACCUGCAUUAGCCGGAUACACACAAAUGUCGGAGAUUGAUUGGAAAUACCAAACUGCCCCACCAAGUGCUUCUGCGUAUUGUCUAGCUAUGACAGGUGACAGAUGCAAUUGGCCGAGAGGAAAGGUCCUUGGUGGCAGCAGUGUUUUAAAUUCAAUGAUAUACGUUCGUGGAAACAGACACGAUUUCGACCACUGGGAGAGCUUGGGUAAUCCCGGAUGGAGUUACAGAGACGUUCUCCCCUACUUCAUAAAGUCCGAAGACAACAGAAAUCCGUACCUCGCCCGAAGUCCCUACCAUGGAACUGGAGGACUCCUAUCAGUCCAAGAAGCUCCCUGGCGAACCCCACUGGCCCUGGCCUUCAUGCAAGCCGGCAAUGAGCUAGGUUACCCAAACCGCGACAUAAAUGGUGCAAACCAGACCGGCUUCAUGCUGUCCCAGUUGACAGUGAGACGAGGAAGCCGAUGCUCAACAGCAAAGGCUUUUCUGCGUCCCGUGAGGAACCGAAAGAACCUGCACACCGCCAUGUUCGCCCAUGUCACCAAACUCCUCUUCAACUCUGACAAGCGAGCAAUAGGAGUUGAGUUCAUGAGGAACGGUAAAAAGCAAGUGGUCCACGUUCGCCGAGAGGUUGUCUUAUCAGCUGGUUCCAUUGGUUCCCCCCAGCUGUUGAUGGUCUCAGGAAUUGGUCCCCGUGAGCAUCUCCAGGAAUUUGACAUUCCAAUUUUAUCUGAUCUACGUGUUGGUGACAAUUUGCAGGAUCACGUUGGCCUCGGGGGUUUGACAUUCCUCAUCGACGAACCCGUGACAUUUAAAAAAUCCCGAUUCCAGACAUUUCCAGUCGCCAUGGAAUAUAUAAUCAAUGAGAGAGGCCCGAUGACGACACCAGGUGUCGAGGGAUUGGCAUUUGUAAAUUCAAAAUAUGCAGACAGUACGAUCGAUUGGCCGGAUGUGCAAUUUCACUUCGCUCCAAGUUCCAUAAGCUCAGAUGGUGGGGAUAUCAUACGAAAGAUCACUGGACUACGUGACAGUGUCUACAAUACGAUGUACAAACCAUUAAUAAAAUCCGAGGCUUGGUCGAUACUCCCAUUGUUAUUGAGGCCAAAGAGUUCUGGAUGGAUAAGGCUGAAGAGCAAAGAUCCAUUUGUUUAUCCAGAAAUCAAUCCCAACUAUUUCACUCACAAAGAGGACAUGGAUGUCCUUGUGGAUGCCAUCAGGAUCGCCAUGGAAGUGUCCAAUUCAACGGCAUUUCAGAGAUUUGGAUCGAGACCGCUGACUAUUCCUAUGCCAGGAUGUCACAAGUUCCUUUUUGAUAGUUAUGACUACUGGGAAUGCGCCAUAAGACACUUCACAUUCACUAUUUAUCAUCCAACUGGUACGUGCAAGAUGGGACCAACGUCAGAUCCAACUGCUGUUGUUGAUACUAGGUUGAGGGUGCACGGGAUUAAGGGGCUGAGGGUUGCAGAUGCAUCGAUAAUGCCGACUAUUGUUAAUGGUAAUCCUAAUGCCGCUGUCAUAAUGAUUGGAGAAAAGGCCAGCGAUAUGAUCAAAGAGGACUGGCUACGGCGUAGACGUCCACCGGGGAGAUGACAUUAACGAGGAUUUUCUACAUAGCCAUUACUAUUUUCAUUCACUCAGGGGAUUGUGGGGGGAGAGUGUGGAUUUUGACAUUGGGUUUAAGAGCAGAAAUCAAAUUUUUUUUUCUAUUUUUUUCAUUGUUUUUUACUGUCAUCUUGAAAAAUUGUUGAAUGUUUUGUAAUAAAUGUUAUUUAUUUACACCAAAUAUCUAAUUAUUUUUUUAUAACGACUAAAAAUAGUUUAAGCUUCAAUUCCGCGAGAAAAAAUUAAAAAAAAAUAGAGGAUAAUUAACGAUUUUUGUAAAUAAAUAAGGGCAGCUGAUUCGGCUGUUGGAAAUGAUAUUUAUUCAACCCGAAAUCGAUCACUAAUUGAAUUCCUGAUGUGAACUGAUUUGUUGUGACUUG